AUGAGAGUAGAGGCUGAGGAAAGUUUCAAGAUUAGCAUGUUAGAGCAGAGGCUACGGGCUGUAGAAGGAUUUAACUUUUAUGGGUCAAUUGAUGCUGUUGGGCUCUGCCUAGUUCCUGAUAUUCAUCUUUUUUUGGAUUCUCAGGGUGAGUUUAAUUCUGGUAAAUCCACUGUCAUUAAUGCUCUUCUUGGGGAAAGAUACCUCAAAGAGGGGGUUGUUCCUACGACUAAUGAAAUCACUUUCUUGCGCUAUUCUGAAUUGGAUGGCAAGGACCUGCAGCAUUGUGAAAGGCACCCAGAUGGUCAAUUAAUACGUUAUCUUCCUGCUGCGAUUCUCAAGGAAAUGAAUAUUGUUGAUGCACCAGGGACAAACGUUAUUCUUCAAAGGCAACAACGCCUGACAGAGGAAUUUGUGCCUCGUGCUAAUUUGCUGUUUUUUGUUAUUUCUGCUGAUCGCCCAUUAACCGAGAGUGAGGUUGCUUUUCUUCGUUAUGCUCAGCAGUGGAAGAAGAAAGUUGUGUUUGUGUUGAAAAAAGCUGAUCUUUAUCAGAAUGCCCAAGAGCUAGAGGAGGCAAUAUUAUUCAUCAAAGAGAAUACUCAAAAGUUGCUAAACACGGAAGAUGUGACAUUAUAUCCGGUGUCUGCACGAUCUGUUCUUGAAGAAAAGCUUUCAGCUACUUCUGGUGUGGGAAAAGAAUAUAGAGAACUAUCAGGAUUUGGUUCAAAUUGGAAAACCAGUAGCUUUUACAAGCUUGAAAACUUCUUGUAUAGUUUUUUAGAUGGAUCAACUAGUACAGGAAUGGAGAGAAUGAAGCUCAAACUUGGAACACCAAUUGCAAUUGCAGAGUGGAUACUUUCUUCCUGUGAAACUCUUAAUAGAAAAGACUGCCAGUCUGCAGAGCAGAACUUUACUUCUGCAAAUGAAAUUGUUGAUAGCGUGAAAGAGUAUGUAACAAAGAUGGGAAAUGAAAGCAACUCUUGGAGAAGACGAACUUUGUCAAUGAUUGAUGCUACAAAAUUACGUAUUCUGGAGCUCAUAGAAUCUACCCUACAGUUAUCAAAUCUGGAUAUUGUUGCCUCAUCUAUUCUCAAGGGGGGAUCGUCGGCCACAAUGCCAGCCACUUCAAGGGUUCAAAAUGACAUACUUGGUCCUGCACUCAUUGAUGCACAAAACUUGCUUGGAGAUUAUGUGACAUGGUUACAAUCAAAUAAUGCUCGUGAAGAAAGGCUUUAUAAGGAAUCUUUUGAGAAAAGAUGGCCAUCCCUUGCUUACUCAGACAAACAGUAUCCUCUAGAGACCUAUGAACUGUUGAGAAAGUUGGAUCAACUCAGCUUGAGAGUGAUAGAGAAAUUCAGUGCCAGUGCUGCUUCCAAACUAUAUGAACGCAAAGUUCGCGAAGCGUUCAUGGGGACUUUUGGCGGACUUGGAGCGGCUGGUUUGUCUGCUUCACUUCUAACGUCUAUAUUACCUACCACUUUAGAAGAUCUUCUUGCACUAGGCCUAUGUUCUGCUGGGGGGUUUAUAGCCAUUUCAACUUUCCCAGCCCGUAGACAAGAAAUGAUAGAAAAGGUGAAAAAGACAGCUGAUGCAUUAGGACGAGAGCUUGAAGAUGCAAUGCAAAAGGAUCUUCAAGAAACUACUGAGAAUUUGGAAAAGUUUGUGACAAUAAUUGGGGAGCCUUAUCGAGAUGCGGCACGAAAUAGAUUGGACAAACUUCUAGAGAUAAAAGACGAACUAUCAAAUGUGAGGGAAACGCUUCAAGCGCUACAAGUCGAAAUUCAGAACCUCCAUGUGUUAUGACAUCCAAUUUCAUGGGUAGAUUUGUUCCGGGCAUUCUUCUUUGCUUUUGUAAAGGGGCGAGGUCCCCUUAGUUCUUGGGGUCAAGUGUACUAAUGAACAAGAAAUUUUCAAUAAAUUUCCAACAUCAUGAACUGGCCAGCCAGCAGGUGUUAAUUGUAUGCGGCUGCAGACGUAGCUUGUAAAUAGA